ACCGUUGUGAAAGUGUAGCAGCUGAUUCAGAGUUUUCGUCGACGGUUCGGACCUUUUCAGCAAUAAGAGCCUGCCGAGAGACGUGCGCGUGUCCGCCUUGAAAUCCGAGAUGGACAAGCUUUUUGGCAAGAAAACAAACCCGAAGGAGGAACUUAAGAAGCAGGAUCGUGAGCUGCGGAAAUCGGAGCGAGAGCUUGCGCGGGAAGAUCGGAAGUUGGAACAACAAGAAAAUCAAAUCGUUCUAGAAAUCAAGAAGGCGAGCAAACUCAAGAAUGGUCUGGAGAGAACCUACGCGAAGCAACUCAUCCAAGUGCGGAAACAGCGAGAGAGGACUCGACAGGCCUCGAUGCAGCUCACGGGAGUCCGUCACCAGACCAAAGCCAUGGGUGCAAACGUUGCGCUCGCCAACAGCGUCGCUGGCGCGGCUAAAGCAAUGCACGGCGUCAAUGCUUCGAUGAAUCCUGCGAGUAUAGGGAAAACGCUCGGGGAGUUCAAGAUGGCGAGCGAAAGAAUGGGCAUGAGCGAAGAAAUGAUGAACGAUGUUCUCGACGACAUCCUGGACGAAGAGGGAGACGAGGGAGAGAGCCAACACAUUCUGGAUAAGGUGUUAGAUGAGAUCGGCAUCGAGAUGAACGGGAAACUCGGAGAAGCUCCGACCGUUCACGGGAAUCUUCCGCAGGCUUCGAAAAGCACGGCCGACGAAGAUAUCGAAAAACAACUCGCGCGUCUCAAAGCGUUAUAAGCGAGUUUUCCUGGUCCCGUUAGAGUGAGUUUCAGUCGCGUUGAGUGAUGGUCACAGUCGAAUUGAUCGGGCUAGGAAUCGUGGCCGUUUCCCAGGCAAAUCGACGGUUCUCGAAUCCGGAGACUCUGACUGUGAAGAUCGGACCCGAUCGAGAGUAGAACGAUCGCGAGUAUCGAGAUCCUGAAGAGACGGAGUCUCGGCGAGAUCUGAGUUCUUCUGUUCCAUCGCUCAUCCAUGAUUUCUUGUUGAGUUUCGAAUCGACAGCUUUAUCUGCUUUUGUUAUCCGGUCCGGACGAACUGUAUCCUAGUUUAUCGUUGAGUUUACGCUCGAAAUGGAUUCGCCAGAGGCCCUGGCACCUCUUUCGCCGAACGCUCUGUUGCUGUAUCAAGUUCGCUUGCGGCUUUUUUCAGAACCCUUGAGACGAUCCUCUGUUCCAUGCUUCGUCGAUUUUCAAGGGUUGUUUUGAAAGCUACGGUAUAGAAAGACGACAACGAAAGUGGGAGCUCGGGUUUCGAGACGUGUUCCUUCACGGUCUCCCAUGCGGAGGGGAGUGUUGGCUGAGCUAAGAGCAUCUUCACAAGGGAUCGAUUCAUUAAUGGUCUAGCUCACGGUGCGGAGUGUAUAUAUAUGUAGAGAAAAAGAAUUUAUACCAAAUAUACA